AUGGACGCCCAGACCACAACAGCCGAACCUCAUCCUUAUCCUUCUAGUCCUUGGACAUCAGCCUCGACGAUAUCCUCGAGCACACCGAAUCCGACGACACCAUCGGCGACAAGUACUCAUAGCGCUUCCGCCGUCGAAGGCUCCUUCUUCCCCGACCCGUCCGCCACACAAUUCCACUCACAUCUCGACUUCCUCCCCUUUCUCCUCCCUCAGCAGUCCAACAUUUACCACGCUCAACUCCUCCACUACAAUAAGCUCAUUUCCCCCUCACGAGGCGGCGGCCUGCAGACACCGCCACUCCCUCCCGUCAUCUCUGCUCCUCACAUUCAGGCAGCGCCUCGGUCGCGAUCUUCCAGCAAGGUGUCGCUAAGGGACGCCUCCGCCGCCAAGGGGAGCCAUGGGAGCAGGUCACAUCAGAAUUUAGACAAGAGUCGCUCGGUUGUAACCUCCAAAGAGGUUCCGCUCAACAAAAUGUCUUCCAAGCAGGCCGCCGACUCAUCGAGGCCUUUACCCCGACGAUCCGCGCCUUCGGCUCAGUCCCACUCUAGUUCAGUGCCCUCGACGCCUCACCAGCACGCUCGGCAAUUUUCAUUUGAAGACCGCGAGCCGUCACCCACGGGGACGAAUAACCACUCUCCGCGAUCCGCGUAUUCUGAGACAAAUAGCACAUUACCUGCACUUCGCCCUUUACCGCCACGACUAGGAGGCUGCAAAUACGAGACUAGCCUGUUAAAUACUAGGAGGAGAAUACCGUAUAAUGUCGGCAAUGAUCGUCUGGAAAAGCUGGACUUGCGGACGGUCAAGAACAAGUUGACCGAGGAUGAGGAGCGAAAGUUGGCAACGGAUAUGAGAGAGGUUUUUGAUCGACUUCUCCCUACCGCUACCGUUGAGGAGAACCGAAAGAAACUGGUGUCGAAGCUUGAAAACAUGUUCAAUGACGAGUGGCCAGGGCACGACAUUCGUGUGAAUCUUUUCGGCUCUUCUGGUAAUCUUCUUUGUUCGGAUGAUUCUGAUGUGGACAUCUGCAUCACAACCUCGUGGCACGAAUUGGAGGGUGUCUGCAUGAUCGCCAACCUCCUAGCGAAGCGAGGCAUGGAAAAGGUUGUUUGCAUUUCGGCUGCCAAGGUGCCUAUUGUCAAGAUCUGGGAUCCUGAGCUGGGCCUUGCCUGCGACAUGAAUGUCAACAACACUCUCGCUCUUGAGAAUACGCGCAUGGUUCGAACAUAUAUCGAUAUCGACCCCCGAGUUCGCGAGCUUGCCAUGAUUAUAAAAUACUGGACACGGAGGAGAAUAGUCAAUGAUGCGGCGUUUGGUGGCACAUUGAGUUCCUACACAUGGAUUUGCUUGAUCAUCGCGUUCCUGCAGCUACGCAGCCCUCCCGUUCUUCCCGCAUUGCAUCAAUCCCCGCACAAGUUGCCCAAACCCGACGGUACCACCCCCGAUUUUGCGGACGAUAUCGAGAAGCUAGCUGGUUAUGGAAACAAGAACAAGUCGUCCUCCGCGGAGCUUUUGUUCCAGUUCUUUCGCUUCUACGCCCACGAAUUUGACUACGAUAAGCACGUAAUCUCGGUGCGACAAGGCAAACUGGUCACGAAGCAGGACAAGAAGUGGCAUUACGCGAUCAACAAUCAGCUCUGUGUUGAAGAGCCCUUCAAUACCUCUCGCAAUCUGGGAAACACGGCCGAUGAAUAUUCUUUCCGAGGGUUACAUAUGGAGUUACGCCGGGCGUUCGACCUGAUAUCAGUAGCGAAGUUUGAGGAAGCUUGCGAGCAGUACGUGUUCCCUAAAGAGGAGGAAAGAGUAUGGUCUCGACCAGCACCACAACCACGACCUGUGUUGUUGCGCAGCUCCUCGCAGACACAUUCCGGCCGGGGAGGUCGUGGAAAUCAUCGCGGCGGCGGCGGAAGACAUAACAACAACUACCGGGGCGGCAACUCGAAUCGGCGCUCUUCCGCGGGCGUUCCACAAUUUGAUGCCAACAGCAACAACAAUAAUAUGUUUAUGCAACCGGUUAACAUGGCGCAGGAUCUGCAGUGGUACCAAAACCAACAGUUUCAGUUUCAGCAGUACGCACAACAGGAUAUCAUGACCCAAAUGGCGUUGCACCAAGAGAAUAUGAGACUCCUAUAUGCCACUCAGUCACCAGCAUUUAUGCAGCAUCAGGCCCAGGCCCAAGCGCAAGCGCAAGCCCAGGCAAUGGGUCAGCAGCAGCAGCAACAGCAAAGGAUGUCAACGAGUCCAGCAUCUGGCCAGCAGCAGCCCCAACAGACAUCGGAUCGUUCUAGAACAAAUUCGUUUGACAACCCGCCGCUUAGCGCCCCUUUGCGACCAGAUAUUUAUUCCUUGUACAUGGGUUUAGGAACGUCUUUCUUCCCUCAAGCGGGUGCAAGUUAUGGCACGUAUCCUUCGUCUCCCGCUAGUACUACAGGCGCCACCCAAGAUUUCCGCCGCCCUCUUCAGCGAAACGGUUUAAAUAACGAAACAGGUGUUCCAGGGACCAACAGCUCCCUUCGUUCACAUUCGCAACCCGCCGCUCGAACCCCGUCUGCGUCGCAAGCAGCUUCCGGUUAUAUCGGUGCCCAGUCUUUCAGUGGUACUAGCCACUCCCGAGGCGUAAACUGCAAUCCAAUUCCUAGCUUCAUGUCCGAUGAUACAGAUUUCGACGAGACGCCAAAGGCUACAGACUCCCCGCAGUCGGAAGAGGGCAAGUAUUCCGUCUACUUGUCAGAGAGUCCUAGUCCCAGCAAGCAACCUCAGCAGCCCCAAUUGGCUUCCAAUGGUCUUGCUUUCGGAGAUCUUUCAGGCCAGACUUCAAGCCCCGGGCGACGACGACUCUCAACCGAUCAGCUGCCGCAGACAAUCCUGGACCGCCGAAUGAAGCGAACAUCGCGAUCGCCCUCGCCUUUAGGUCAUGCCCGAAAUUUCACAGCCACUGCGUCGUCGGCUCCUUUAUCACAGGGCCCCUUCCCUGGAAGCCAGAACAAGAAUCUUUCGCGUCCUUUGGUUGUCAAUGGAUCAAAUUUGAAGACAAGCGUAACACCAAGCCCACGUCAAGCACCUUCUGGCACAGGCAGCACUGCAUCAAAUGAGUCAGCUACUAUUGACAACUCCCUGCAGAUUCAUGCUAUGAACGGUGUGCCUAGUUAUCCCGUCGAUGGACCUGUCAUGCCGCAGGUUGCGCCAGAAGCAAUGAUGACCCAACAAGGUACUUUUGCUCCGGUUCCUGUGGUGGCCAAUGGAUCCACUGCAAUCACGAAUGGUGUCCCAGUCAUGGCUGCAGCUCCCUCAGCCACAGAUGACCCCUCAUUCCGCGAGCGCAUCGCGAUGAUGAACGCUUACUACAUGAAUUCUCCUCACCUAGUCCAGGAUCCAAUAGUUACCGGAAACUCUCGCCUGUCUCCUUCGACUCGACAGCGUUUGAUGUCGCGUCAGAAUCAAAAUGGAGUAAUUGCUCCCCUCGAUCUCGCCAUAGCUGAAAACCGCAUAGACCGACCUGUUGGACAGGACUUUGCUCAUCUUUCACCGGUAUACGAGACUCGUACUCCUUCCCCUACGGUUCUUCGAAAGGAUGGACCCUGGAGGUCGGAUAAGCAGAACAGCCCCAAGUCGGGGCGAGGAGAGGGGCCCAAGGCUGGUCAGAAGACUGAAGAACGAGGUCAUGAUCAUCAGGAGGGCACAAAGCCCCAGAAGAACCAAAAGUCGGGUUCUCAGAAAGCCAAUGGUGCUCGAGAAAACGGCCAUGUUCGUGGAGCUAAAAGCGAAAGCGACAAUGGUUGGCAAAAGGCUACCAAGGGCAAGAAAAAGGGUGCGAACAACAGCAACGGACAAAACAGCGAGCAGCCUCCCAAGCACGAAUCUGAACGCAAGGGCGGUUGA